AUGCUGCGCGUCCUCCGGCGUGGCCAUGGCAACGGCGAGACGCGACGGAGCGGAAGCAGUGGCCUGUGGACACGUAUCUCAGCCCAAUACAAUUCUAACUGGAAGAACACAAAGGGUGUAAUUCACACUUGUCACGUUGCUGAAGGAAGCAGUAUGGACUUUAUACAAGAACCAUUUUACCUCCAUUUCAAAGAAGACAAGAAUCAACAGGAGGCAAAGUCAGAGGAUUCAUUGUCAGAAUUUGGUACAAAAUCACUAAGCUUUCAUGAACCAAAUGCUGUGGUCAGCAAUGAACCCUUUAGGCUGCAUACCAAAGGGAAGAAACCAGCAGAAAACUGUCAUUGUGAAGGUAGUUCCAGGAUACAUGGAGGUGAUUUUCCUCUUCAGAUCCAAGAAGAUCAACCACAAAGAGCCAAAAAAGACUUUGUGGCAAGAAAUAAACGGACUUUAGGAUUACGUCCAGAGAUUGAUUCCUAUCUUCAGCUGCACACCAAAAAGCAAGAAGCUCUUCAAAAGCAGGUUGCAGAUCCUAAAGCUGUUGAUGAGGAACCACUUAAGAGAGUCCUACCAUUCCAGACUGUGAAAAUCAAGCCUGAAGACAAAUGGUACCUGAAAGCACAGCAUCCCAAGAUUCACCCACUUAAGUCCUGCCAGAGAAAUAACAUCAAAUCCAACCAGAGACUCAAAGAGAGAGCUAUCCCAAGGAAUGACAGCCAGCAGCAGCCAGGAAGACCAGCAGAACUGAGGCCUUUGCACCACCAAACACCAGGAUCUCAGACUUCUCCCACACAGGCAGUGCAGCAAGACAACAGCAGCGCACUGCAUCCAAGUCCUUCUGUUGGCCCUGGCACUAAUACAGCAGCAAAUUCAGAUACUUGCUUAAAUAAUUCCCCAAGUUCAAGACAUCUUGUCAAUCGGGAUAUUACCACCUUUACCCAUCCUUUUCCUCCAAAAUCACAUACAUUUAACCCAGCAGAGGUUAUAUCUCCAGCCUAUACCAGUAAGGAGAGCUGGAAAUAUCAGCAUAAUUGUCCAAAUGGGCUUCCACGAGGCCAGCAACAUCUACACAACACUGUGCAGCUGUUUGCAAGAGGUAAUAGUACCAAUGGUCAGGCACAUCCAAAUCAGAGGAACAUUCCAUCUACAUUUAAUGCAAAUUUUCAAGAAUUGGUGAAGGAUCAAGAGUCACUUCAGGAUUGCAAAAGACACAUUUGUGUGGAUAAAAGGUAUCAGAACUGUUAUCAGCUGCCUCAAUCUUCUAUUCACAGUUCACCAACAGGCCCUUGUACAACCUCCCAGUUUGCACCAACGAUGGAGCGAUAUCACCAAGGAGAUACUCAUUUGACAGACGUCCAUUCAGCUGACAGGCACUUCUUCAGGCUACUUCCACCCAUAAACCCACAGGUAGAAAGUGUUUCAGAGGUAAAUCCAGAGAGUGUUAAAGGAAAUCAAGUGAAAAAACCCCAGAGCAACUCAGAAGUAUACAUCAUGCAGAUAGAAAAGCAAAACCAGCCUAAAGUCAGCAAGAAGCCAUGCACCUCAAAAGCCUACAUAAACCUGAAUGUGAAGCUUGGAGGCCUUGGACCUGACUAUGAAGCAAUCAAAGAGAAAAAAGAGAAGUUGAAGCAACAAAAGGAAUAUGCAAAGCAGAUUAAGGAACGCAACAUGAAAAGCAUUGCUUCAGUUCCGAGGUUACCUACAAAACCCCAGGGCGUAACUUCAGUGUCAAGACAGAAGGCACUGGAAUAUGCUAAGAAGAUUCCUAGACCAAAGACUUUCACAACAAAACCAUCAGCUGAAAAGGUGAAAGAAGAAAGAGUUCUGCCACAGACUUUAAAUGGAGACAUUCUGCCUCAAAUUGCAUCCUUGGAAACUUUGCAGGACAGACACCAGAAGGAGAAGCAAGUUGUAGCUGCUUUCAAAAACCUUCGUAUCUUACAAGUGUUUUGA